AUGUCCAUGGACUAUGAAGAUCACUCAAUGUCAUCAUCAUCUCAUGCUGAUGAUACCGAUGAAAGGAAAAGCACAGUUUCAGUCUCCCCCGAGGCUGGCGCCGACGAGGAGCCAUUUUCAUUCUUUGAGCUGCUUUGCUACGCCGACACAGUAGAUUGGCUCCUCAUGGCCCUGGGAACCAUUGGGUCUGUCAUCCAUGGCAUGGCAUUCCCAGUUGGAUAUCUCCUUCUUGGAAAGGCACUUGAUGCCUUUGGAACCAACAUAAAUGAUCCGGAGGGCAUGGUCCAUGCGCUGUACAAGGUGGUCCCCUUUGUGUGGUACAUGGCAGGAGCCACUCUUCCAGCUGGAAUGGUUGAGAUCUCCUGCUGGAUAUACUCAAGUGAGAGGCAGUUAGCACGCAUGCGGCUCGCGUUUCUGAGAUCAGUCCUUAAUCAAGAGGUUGGGGCCUUCGACACUGACUUGACUACUGCAACCAUCAUCACCGGAGUAACCAACUACAUGAGUGUCAUACAAGAUGCAAUAGGAGAGAAGCUGGGUCAUUUCAUUGCAAGCUUCUCCACUUUCUUUGCUGGCAUCAUAAUUGCGUUUAUCAGCUGCUGGCAAGUUGCAAUGCUUUCCUUCCUGGUCAUUCCACUUAUCCUCGUCAUUGGAGCAGCAUACACGAAAAAGUUGAAUGUCUUAUCUUUGUCACGCAAUGCUAUUGUUUCAGAGGCAAUAUCGGUUGUAGAGCAGACUUUGUCACAUAUCAAGACCGUCUUCUCCUUCAUUGGAGAGAGCUGGGCCAUGAAGUCCUUUGUCCAGUGCAUGGAAAACCAAUUUAAUCUAAGCAAGAAGGAAGCAUUGAUAAAGGGAAUAGGACUUGGAAUGUUCCAAGCAGUGACCUUUUGUUCAUGGGCACUGAUGGUUUGGAUUGGGGCAGUUGCAGUAACCAAAAACAAGGCAACAGGAGGUGGCACGAUAGCUGCCAUCAUGAGCAUCCUCUUUGGUGCAAUAUCAAUUACCUAUGCCGCACCAGACCUUCAGACCUUCAAUCAGGCAAAAGCUGCAGGAAAAGAGGUCUUCAAGGUGAUAAAGAGAAAGCCAUCCAUAAGUUAUGGAAAAAGUGGAUUAGUACUAGACAAGAUUCAUGGAGAGAUCAAAUUCCGUAGGGUGCACUUUGCAUAUCCUUCCCGCCAGGAUAAGCCGAUUCUCCAGGGAUUCUCAUUGUCCAUCCCCGCAGGCAAAGUCAUAGCUCUGGUAGGAAGCAGUGGCUGUGGGAAGAGCACUGUCAUUUCACUACUUCAAAGGUUUUAUGAUCCAACUUCAGGUGACAUAUUCAUUGAUGGCCACAGUAUCAAGAAACUUGAUCUGAAAUCGCUGCGCCGAAAUAUAGCUUCAGUCUCUCAGGAACCAUCACUGUUUUCUGGUAACAUAAAGGACAACUUGAAGAUUGGUAAAAUGGAUGCAAGUGACGAAGAGAUAACUGAAGCAGCAACAACAGCUAAUGUUCAUUCAUUCAUAUCCAGACUACCAAAUGAGUACUUAACCGAGGUAGGAGAAAGGGGUGUGCAGUUAUCGGGAGGCCAGAAACAAAGAAUAGCUAUUGCAAGGGCAAUGCUGAAGGAUCCACCAAUCCUACUUCUCGACGAAGCAACAAGUGCCCUUGAUUCAGAAUCAGAGAAGCUAGUUCAAGAUGCACUUGAGAGAGCAAUGCGCGGAAGGACUGUUAUCUUGAUAGCCCACAGGAUGUCCACAAUUGUAAACGCUGACACUAUUGUUGUCGUCGAAAAUGGAAGAGUAGCACAAACUGGGACACAUCAUGAGUUGCUUGACAAAAGCACAUUCUACUCCAAUGUAUACAGCAUGCAAAAUAUAGACAAGGAAGCUGAAAAUAAAGUGGCAAGCGCUUCUGAUAACAUGGAGGAACAAAUUGGCGAAGCACACAUCAAGCAGUCCUCUACAAAUCAGGGACCAAAGAAAAAGCUAGAAAGACUGGAGUCAAAACAACCAAGGAAUGAGAAUGUUAAGGAAACACACCCUUUCUUUAGACUUUGGUAUGGAUUGCGUAAAGAGGACAUUAUGAAGAUUCUAUUUGGCUCCGCAGCAGCAGCCAUCUCUGGAAUCUCAAAGCCUUUGUUUGGUUAUUUCAUCAUGACCAUUGGUGUGGCAUAUUAUGAUCCGGAUGCAGAAAAGAAAGUCACCAAGUAUUCUUUGAUAUUCUUCACAGCAGGGAUGGUAACAAUGGUGAGUAACAUCUUGCAGCACUAUAUUUAUGGUAUCGUUGGAGAAAGGGCAAUGAAAAACCUAAGGGAGGCACUCUUUUCAGCUGUUCUCCGAAAUGAGCUUGGUUGGUUUGAGAAACCAAAUAAUGGCGUAGGAUUUCUUACCUCACGCAUUGUCAGUGACACGUCAACAGUCAAGACCAUCAUAUCUGACAGAAUGGCAGUUAUUGUGCAAUGCAUCUCUUCAAUUCUGAUAGCAACAAUAGUAAGCAUGAAGGUCAAUUGGAGAAUGGCUUUAGUUUCAUGGGCAGUCAUGCCAUGCCAUUUCAUUGGUGGCCUUAUUCAAGCCAAGUCAGCAAAAGGAUUUUAUGGUGACUCUGCUAUUGCUCACCGGGAACUCGUCUCCCUAGCUUCAGAGGCUGCUAGCAACAUCCGGACUGUGGCAUCCUUUGUUUAUGAAGAUGAAAUAAUCAAGAAAGCAGAAUUGUCACUGCAAGAACCCUUGAAGAUCACCAAGAUUGAGAGCAUGAAGUAUGGGGUCAUCCAAGGUAUCUCGCUCUGCCUCUGGAAUAUUGCACAUGCAGUGGCGCUAUGGUACACCACAGUUUUGGUUCAGAGGAAGCAAGCCUCAUUUAAGGACAGCAUAAGAUCAUACCAGAUAUUCUCACUCACAGUGCCUUCCAUCACAGAGUUAUGGACCCUCAUUCCUAUGGUCAUGUCAGCCAUUUCAAUACUGAAUCCUGUAUUUGACACACUUGACAGAGAGACACAAAUUGUGCCGGAUAAACCAGAAAACCCAGGCAAAGGGUGGCUUAUCGGUAGAACCGAGUUUCAGGAUGUGAGCUUCAAUUAUCCAUCAAGACCAGAGGUGACCAUUCUGGAUGGCUUCAAUCUAGUUAUUGAACCUGGCCAAAGAGUAGCAUUGGUUGGCCCCAGUGGUGCAGGAAAGUCCUCUGUACUGGCUUUAAUACUGAGAUUCUAUGAUCCUUCCAGAGGUAGAGUGUUAAUUGACUACAAGAACAUAAAGGACUACAAUCUCCGAUGGCUCAGGAAGCAGAUUGGGCUAGUUCAACAAGAACCAAUCCUGUUCAACACAUCCAUCAGAGAUAACAUUAGCUAUGGAAGUGAAAGCUCUUCAGAGACUGAAAUCAUCCAGGCUGCAAUGGAGGCAAACAUUCACGAAUUCAUCAGUGGUCUACCAGAAGGGUAUGGCACUGUUGUUGGAGACAAAGGGAGCCAGCUUUCAGGAGGGCAGAAACAGAGGAUUGCUAUUGCAAGAACAAUACUAAAGAGGCCUGCCAUUCUGCUUCUUGAUGAGGCAACCAGCGCACUUGACGGUGAAUCUGAGAGGGUGGUUAUGAGCUCUUUAGGGGCCAAAGUGUGGAAGGACAAAGAUGAGCAAGCCAGUAUGAUUACAAGUAUCACAGUUGCACACAGAUUGUCCACGGUCAUAAAUGCAGAUACGAUAGUUGUGAUGGAAAAAGGAAAGGUUGUUGAACUUGGUAAUCACCAAGCGUUGACCUCCGCUGAAGAUGGCGUUUACUCAAGAUUAUUCCACUUGCAAAGCAACAUGAAAGAUUGA